GACGCCCUCCAGUCAGAUCAGCCCCUUCCCAGCCCGGACCACCACCGCCACCACCACAGUCUACUCCCACCCCCCUCCUACUAUUCCACACACCAGCCCUCCACCCAGCCAGUCACCUCGUGUGCGACCGGCCGGCAGCAGCAGCAGGCACCUCACAAACAAGAGCCAGGACCUCAGCGGCACAGAGAUCCUUCCCUACCCGGGGUUUGUUGCUUGGAUCUGGGCAAAGAGAAGAGAGGAGGACCAGGGUGAGGAGAAUGGGACACCGGUGCCUGGAGUCCGCUCGGCGCAUUUGAGAGCUCGUCCGACCCGCUUCCAGGUUCCUUGUCUCCCGGCUCCGAGUCACGUUUUCCCCGCUGACACAACACAAUGGGCUGCUGCAGCGGGCGAUGCACCCUCAUCUUUAUCUGCACUUUACAGUUGUUGCUGGCUUUGGAGAGACAGGUCUUUGACUUCCUGGGCUACCAGUGGGCCCCCAUCCUCGCCAACUUCGUCCACAUCAUCAUCGUCAUCCUCGGCCUCUUCGGCACCAUCCAGUACCGGCCGCGCUACAUCGUGGUGUACACAGUAUGGGCAGCUCUGUGGGUCGCCUGGAAUGUCUUCAUCAUCUGCUUCUACCUGGACGUGGGAGGCCUGUCCAAGGACAGUGACCUGCUGACAUUUAACAUCUCAGCCCAUCACUCGUGGUGGAGCGAGCACGGGCCAGGCUGUGUGAGGAGGGAGAUGCCCCAGGCUCCAGGGAGCCGCACCACAGAGAGCCACUCCUACAUCACUGUCAUGGGCUGCCUCCUGGACUACCAGUACAUCGAGGUCGUCCACAGCGGCACACAGAUCCUUUUUGCUCUCCUGGGCUUUGUGUACGCCUGCUACGUUGUCAGCGCCAUCACUGAGGAGGAGGACAGCUUUGAUUUUAUUGGUGGAUUUGACCCAUUCCCUCUCUACCAUGUCAAUGAGAAACCAUCUCAUCUCCUCUUAAAGCCCAUGUACCUGUCUACGUAAAUAGGAGAGCGUCCAGCAGGGAGGUGACACAGCAGAUUCCCACGGAGACAAAAUGGCUGUUUUGACACAAACGUCCCCAGUGCACCGGGGCAUGCCAGACAUUCCUCCCCCUUCUUGAUUUCAGUUCUUUAAACAUGUCAUUUACUGGUUUGCCGCCCAGUAAAGCCAACACUUCUCAGUUAGGGUCCAUUGUUUCCCAUGGAGAGAUGAAGGACCCUGAGAACGAAGGGGGGGGGGGGGAAUUACACUGGAACAAAGCCUCAUAUUGUGUAUUUAGGGAAGUAUCAAUCAUUUUCUUUGUGUUGAGUUCUUUGCUAAGGUCCCAUUGCUGCUCUGACCUGCCCAUACUGGUCUUGACACUCCCCCGGAAAAUGACUGUAUAGAACACGUGCAGCAUAUAAAUACAGUGUGUAUGUAACCAGGAACUGCCCAGCGUUCCCAGUCUGUGACUUCGAGAGGACUCAGUGAUUUAGCGUGUCAUUGCCGGUUUGGCUCAGAUCUUGGCCGGAGGGCUGAAUUACAGUGGAGCCCGUGGAAUGAGCUAUUGUGUGCCGCCUGUUUACUUUAGGCCAGGAUCUGUGUGCAUAAAUACACAAGUGAAGCAGGAAGAGGCCGAGGGAGGGGAGGGAACAAAAGCACCAAAACCUUCAGCGGCAUCUGUCAAAAAUAGAAAAUGUAAAUAAUGAAGGGGGGGGGGGGGGGGGAGUUGGAUUGAGAGUUCAGUCACAAGGAAGCAGCAUGUUGAGUUUUACCUUUUUAUUUUCGGAGUCUUACUAUUGUGACUAUUUUCCGCCAACAGCCUCGUCAGAAGAUGUGCCGAGAGCUUUUCUUCUCACUUCUCCUCUUAACUACUGACGACAACACAUCAGGGCAGAUCACACACACAUACAGACACACACACACUCUAAAGCAAGGGUUGCACAGCGUAUUUUUAACUUUCAGCGAAAACAAUAGCGAUUGUUUUACUACUUCAUAUUGCACACAGCAGUGUUUGAGUCCGUAUGGGUAUAGUCCUCAGUGUAGAAGUAGCAUGGCUAUACGUGAGUGGAUCAGAUGUUCGUCUCCUGUCGGUCAAACAGUUUAGAUUCUCAAUGGUGAUAGUCUCAGUUGUGAUUGUUUUAUAGCAUGUUUUUUACAGGGUUUGUAUUGUAAUUAUGUGUAUAACAUCUUAAGUGAUGACAAAAUAGCAAAUCUGUGUCUUCAGAUGACUUUACAGUGAAUGAGCUGGUGAAUCUGGAACGGAAAUCUUCUGCUGAGUAGUUUCUUACUCACAAUUAUUUGAAUCUGAUCCAGCCACCUUAUAAGUUGAUAUAGGGCAGAAGUGCAUCAUAUCUCUCUGAACCGAUUGGUGGCACUUUUUUUAAUUUCUUUAUGUUUUCCUAUCAGGACUAUACAGUCUGUUCUGGCGCCUCACUGAUUGUGUGAAUCACUAGUGACUCCUGGUGGCUAAAGUGUUCAUGUACAGGUUACAAGGCCCCUGCCACAAGCCUGCACCUCCGUAAAUCUCAAGUGUUUUAUCUUUCAUUGAUUUGUAAUAGUUUCUCAAUGGUUUCUGGAAAGUAACCGUCAUGUAAAGAGAGUCAGACCUUUUACUGAUUUAUUUCAAUACUGCAUUUCAGUCCUUUUCUUUUAUCACUCAGGUUAAGGUCUGCUUUUAGCCACAGAAUUUUCAAUACGAUAUUCAUUUGAUUGCAGUAUUUGCAAAGUCUUAGAAUGUCAAUUAUUUCUAUAAUCAAAACAGUGCGAACAAAGCAGUUAUUUUUGUCCGUUUAAGCUCAAAAUAAAAUUCUUCAUUCUACCUGAUAGUCUACAAUUUUGAUCCUGAAAAUCAUUCGACCCAUUUCUGCCGGCUAAUGUCACAAUGAUAGAUUUUGAAUUGUUAUUAUACUGGAUAGAUGCAAUAAUUGAUAUGUACUUAUUGUCUUUUAUAAUUUAAUGUCCACACACUCCUGGUAGUUUAUAUCUGGGGUGUGGGUUAGUUCAAAACACAAAUCACCUCAUACUGUAACAUAAUCAUUACAAGUAGUGAAAUGCUACUAAAGUCAUUAAUUAACAAUAGUCUUCCUCUCAGUGCAAUACAGCCUCAAACCUGGUUUGAUUGUCAAAGUGUUGUUUUCCCCACUGAGAAAUAAAAGCACCUCUGUGUAGAUAAUAAUUUUUCUCUGCAUAGAAAGUGGAAAAGUGGAUGUUUUUGUAUUUCUCUUUAUUUCGUGUCCUGUGUUUCUCCUGUUCCCAUGUGAUCUGAUUGCAUAAUCCUAUUUAUCCUGAACUGUGCUUUGUGUUCAUGUAAAUAGGUGUUUGUUAAUAAAAGAAUGUGCUC